UUUAGGUGAGCGUGCGCGAGCGCAAGCACGCACAAGUCUUCCGUCGAUUCGCUCAGUGUAAGAACGACACUGGCCGACAACGAACUUAGAACCUCCGUCAAACGAUACGCGGCGGCGACGAACCGUGCUCUACUUGUGAACUGUGAACCAAACUUUGACUAACUAUAUUGUGAUUGUGUUGUUAUCUUUUUAAAACAGGAAAAUCGAGGCCCUGCCAUUUGAUCUUGAGCGUUCGUGAAAGCAGUCCACGGUUGAACUGGAGCACUCUUCAAGAAACGUCCAGAUUCAAACUGUGAAUAGUUCUCUUAAGAUGCGACUACAUCAAGAGCUCUUCACAUCGUUUUGACUACCGCAAAAUAAAUUAAUUUAUUAUUACAAUGGAGUUCAGGUUCUUUGCGCUGCUGGCGUUCUCCGCCUGUUUGUACAAUAAUAUACACGCAGAAGGUCCAUUUUAUAAUGGAGCAGACAAAAUCGCACCCAGCCAGGCGCCCAGUGGAAACUUCAUUACGCAGACGGUGUACGGCUUUCUUGACUUCACUACAACAAUAGGCAAUACCGUAAUGAUCUUUUCACCGCAUUCUGCACCACCGCCAGAGCCGCCAAAAACGGAAAAACCGGUGCAAGAAAAUAUUAUAGAAACCAAACCUCCGCCGCCAUCUAUUACAGAUGUAAAACCAGAAGCCAUAAAACCUAGCAAAACAUCGGAUAAAGAUAAAACUAAUAAAGCUUCGAUACCUGUCAUUGCAUCCAGUGCCAUAUCCGUUAUAUCUUCUCCGCCAAAAAAUGAGAUUAAUGUUCCAAAAUCAGUCAUUAAAGAGCAAAAACAAAUUAUCACAAAAGUUGAAGUUGUUGCAGGUCCUUCAAAAAUUGUAGAAAGUAUUUCUCCGAAACAACCUGCAAAAUCAAACAAACAGGCUUCACAACCAAGUAAAAAACCAAAAAACCAACCUGUUAAAAGUGUGACAAACAUAGUAAGCAGCAAAGUUGAAGUCAAACAAAGUCCCCAACCUUCAGUAAAAAUUAACAGUAUAGUAGAAAUUAAGUCCAGCCAAUCAGAUGAAGAACCAGCGAUUUUGGUUACCAAUAACAAUAUAGGAGAACCCGAAUACGAUUUUCUUUCACGCCAGCCAUCCGAAUUUGUUGAAGAGACAUAUAAAGUUAUAAAUUUACGUCCUUCUAAAUCAAUCGGUCAUAAACCUAAAAAUCUAAAAAAUAGAGUGCAUGCACCUACUCCUCCGCCUGAUGAUGACGAGCAUCCUAUAGGACUUGUCACAACACUAGGAGGUACUAUUGUUAAAGACGGCGCAACCACUAUCCAUGAAACCAGUGUCAUCGGUACAUACAUAUCUGGCAAAUAUGCUCAGGUAUUGAAUAGUAAUUCAAAAAUAUUAUCACCAGGACAUAGAGCUAAAAUUGCGCCGAGUCCAACACACAGAAUUCUCAAAACUGUGGCACCAGGAAUAGGAAAAAAUCAGCGGCAUCAUUUGGAACCAACUCCGUCUAUAAGCAAUGAAGAAACCGCCACUAGCAAAACUCCACGUAGGCAAACAAAUAACGGUAGCUCUUUUAAAAACCGUCAAAGAUCACAAAAUAAUGACAAUGAUAAUCGCGAAGCUCCAAGUCAAAAUAAAAAAUUUAAAAAUCGUAAUACCUCGCAAUCUCAACGAACUCAAAGUACACGAUUUGGUCGACCUGCGAAUACUCCUCAAUUGGCAACCGUCUCUGUUUACAGUGAAACUCCAGCGCCGUCUUUUUCAAACAGAAGAAAAAGCAAUCGAAACUCUGGUCAUAAAACUACUGUGACACCAGCAAGCAAUAACGAUAGCUCCAAACGUGGCUUCAAACCUCGAAUUCAGCCAACAGCAGUCGAUCAAGGAGCAUCUGCCUCGACUAGUAUAUACAAAUUUAAAUUGAAUCGUUCGCCAGGAACUGGUCGCUGGCAGUAUAAGACAAGCCCAAAACCUAAGGUCACCAUAAGAAAAACUGGCGAUGAUGAACAACCAACUACACCUAAUACUAACCCUCUUCUCGAUGACAUCCAAUCCAAUGAUAUAUCUCCUCAGUCAAGAUCAGAUAAUGACCUAGAUCUGUCGAGUUCUCAAAGUGGCCCCGGAACUCUCCUAGAAAACGAUACUGAAGAUAAUUCCUUAGAAAAACCUCUUCCCGUUGAAACAAUUAAAGUAGAAAUCUCCACACCUGCUGAUUUCCGAGACGUUUACUACGAAAUAGCAACCCUUAAAUCACCAUACACAUUUCAGGUUGGCCGUGUUAAAAAUACUCGUAUCAUCACAGUUACAACAACAAUAGAAAAACGCAUUGACCCAACUAUAUCUUUUAAUGGCCAAAAUUCUCCCAAUGAGCCGUUGACAGAAAAUAUAUUAGCAACAGCAUCACCUUAUGGUAAAGAUCAUUACCUUUUGGAUUCAAGUAUAGCUACCUUGCCAGCAAUAACGUUGUCUUCCGAUAUGGAAACGCCGCCUCUAGAAACAGUUACUGAAACAUUUAGUACCACACAAAAUAUGUUGAAAACUCAUAUUUUACCUGUCGUUAAUGAUGCUAAUUUAACAAGCAGCUUGACAUUUGUACAAACAUAUCAAGUAACUAGGUUUGUGACUGCAACAAAAACACUGCCACCUAUGGACUUUUUCCAAUUCAUUCCAAGUAAAACGUUAAAAGAAUUUAACAGCCGUCUUGACGAAGCUGGGUCCGAAUUACAUUUAGAGCUUGAUUUUGGUGAUAGUAACGAAGAUGAAGAGGGAGUUAACCGACGAGUGUUGCCUGCUGAAUUAGAUCUUGCAAAUAUUGGGUCAGAUUUUGAUAUAACAGACGUCGAUAAAUAUAGAGAUAAUCAUUUGCGUCUAAAGAAAGCACAUGGGCAAAAUAAAAGUAAUCAAGUAACGGAAUCACCAAAUCCUGCCGUAGCAUUGACGCCUGAACAGGCUCAACAACUUGCCCUCUUAAGAUUACUUAACCCGGCUGCUGCAGCUCAAAUACCUAAUGUAGUUACCACAUCAAAGCCUAUUCUUAAAUACGAAACAGUGUACGAAUCUCACGUAAUUCCACUUUUUAACGGCAAGAGUACGAUCUUAAGUACAAUUUCGAGGCCAGUAGCUACUGUUACAAAAACAGAAUAUGAAAUCGGUACAAGCAGUCUCCCUGCCCUGCCACUUCAGCCUAUUCAACCUAUUAAUCCGCUUUACCCGCAACAACAAUUUUCACUUACUUCGACACCGGUUGUUGUGAACACAGAAGUUGUAGCAACUGAUAGUCAAAUAUUGAAAUUAACUUUCGGAGCUAAGACAGUUUACACGACAUUGUUCACAACUAAAGUUGUACCAACAAUGGUGACGUCUUACGUAACAUCUUCGAUACCCGUACAACCGAGUGCCGGAUUCCCUGGAUAUUACCCGGCACCGUUCGCACCGUUCCCAUACGUUGGUUAAAAUUAUUUCAAAGAUUUUCACACGAGUGGAACGGACAAUAUUUCGAUGUGAAAAGUGGUUGUGAUAAAUUUGUAGUAAAGACAAAUAUUAUGUAGUGACUUGUGAUGGUGUACCUAAAGAAAGGAUCGGUGUUUGCGUGAACUAUAUAUAGACUGUGUAGAUAGGCAAAUGAGCUUUGAUGAAACGUAAUAGUAAACUUUCAAGUUACAUUUUCCAAAAAGUCUACAAGUGCCUUUAAAUUGAAUGUACUCCUUUAUAAUGUUUCUCUACAGCAAUCUACUGGCCCUUUUAGUUAAUAUUUUGUAA